UCUUCUCCGGGGGGGAAACAUGUGCCCGGGCAGGAAGACAUCUCCCAAGGACAGACACCUCUCAGAAACGGUCUUGUCUAAACUCGCAUCAAAGGGAGAAAAGCCGACCGCCUCUGCCAAGGGGGUCCGGCUGACGACAUCCCAGUUGACAUUACUCACUAAAAAGGACUGGGAUUUGCAGAACCUUUUCUGGCUAAAAUUUAUCCCAAAAUGAUGGCAGGCACUUCCCUAACAUCGGCAUGACUGAAAACAUCCCAAGUCUCUCCUGACGUGAAGAGCCCUUCCCUAAAGGUAAAUCCCAGCUUCCUUCCUAAAACGCAGAUCCGCUCCUGACUCUUAGCGUGGUCCUUUUUUUUUCCCUAUAACCAGCUCCCAUAAUUUUAAGGCGUUCAGCAAUGGGUGAAAGCGGCUAGAAAAUUCAAAAGUGUAGUUUGUCCCCAUUGAGGUGUCAGUAACAGAAAAGGGAGACACGACAAGGGCGCCAGAUGCUGAAGACAAAGGGGACGUUUUGUGCUCCAGACACGCUGGGUGCAAGGUGACAUCAAGAAAGGCUAGCAGAGGGUCCCAGAGGCAGGACUAGGGUAUGGGGUGCUGAGGCCUGAGAUUUGGGGGUCACUUUCCAGAAUCAAAGCCCUGGUGCAGAAGCAUCUCCUGCACUUGGCGGGGGAGCUUGAAAGGUCUUGAUUUUUAGCAGCCAGGACAGAACGUAGGCGUCAUUCAGUCAAAGGAUCUUGAGGCCUGACACUCACGGAAAACCAGCAGUUUCUGAUGGUCUGAACACGAGGCCCUGAGUGGCUCCACUUGAUACGUGCAGACUUACAUCAGAAACAGAUUUCAGAACUGCCAGGGGGGUUUAGGGAAAAGUUCAUCCGAUUUUACUCAACUCUGCACAUUGCAUGAGUCAAGCUUUUCCUGGCUUACUGUUUGUUUAACAGGGUCCACAGUGAUGGAUUCUUGGCGCCAUACCCUUUAUGGCCAAAAUUCAAAAGGGGAUAAUCAAGUCAGCUUCCACAAAAGCUGCUGCAGAACCCCAGGCAUUCAGGCCCCCAGCGCGAAUAGGCAAAGUCACCGCUCAGUGUCCACAGAUACAGGGCGAUGCUCAUUGGGACUCAGUGAUGCCCACGUGUGUUUGAAGGGCAUGUUGGCUGCUGUACCAUUCUUGGGCAAGAUCAUGGGGCUUCCCAGAUGUUACCACAGUAAAGAGGGAGAUAGUGGGUGAGUCAUCUCUUGCCAGCCCCAAAGUGCAAGACAGGCUUCCUUUCAAAAUCCCAGCUUGCUCCCUCCUGAAAGGCCCACUUUUCUGGCAGCCCCACCAAUGACAUCACUGGUGUGGGGGUUAUGUAAUUUAAGGCCCUCACACUUCCACAGCGCUUCCCAGAGCAGAAAAUAUCUCCAAAGCCAGCUUUCACCAUCAGAAAACCCCACUGAAGUUGUGAUCGCUCUCAUUUUGUCUGAGUGCUGUGAAUGGCCUCCCGGGCCCUCCUGGAGCUCCAGGCCUCCAACCAGAGCCAGCUCCCGCCUCCAAAUGCCACGUCCUGCGACAGCGCUCCGGAAGCCUGGGACCUGCUGCACAGAGUGUUACCGACGUUCAUCAUCGCCGUCUGCCUCUGCGGUCUGCUGGGCAACCUCUUCGUGCUGUCCGUCUUCCUGCUGCCCCGACGGCGCCUGAACGCGGCAGAAAUCUACCUGGCCAACCUGGCGGCUUCCGAUCUGGUGUUUGUCUUGGGCUUGCCCUUCUGGGCAGAGAACAUCCGGAACGAAUUCAACUGGCCCUUUGGGGCCCCCCUCUGCCGCGUCGUCAACGGCGUCAUCAAGGCCAAUUUGUUCAUCAGCAUCUUCCUGGUGGUGGCCAUCAGUCAGGACCGCUACCGCCUGCUGGUGCACCCCAUGGCCAGCCGGGGGCGGCGGCGGCGGCGGCGGGCCCAGGCCGCGUGCGCGCUCAUCUGGGCCGUGGGCGGCCUGCUGAGCACCCCCACCUUCCUGCUGCGCUCCGUCAGGGCCGUCCCGGAGCUGAACGUCUCCGCCUGCGUGCUGCUCUUCCCCCACCCGGCCUGGCCCUUCGCGAGGAUGGUGGAGUUAAACGUGCUGGGUUUCCUCCUGCCGCUGGUGGCAAUUGUCUUCUUCAACUAUCACAUCCUGGCGGCCCUGCGAGGGCGGAUGGAGGUGGGCAGGACGAGGCGCGGGGGGCCCACGGACGGCAAGACCACGGCACUGAUCCUCACGCUCGUGGCCGCCUUCCUGAUCUGCUGGGCCCCCUACCACUUCUUUGCCUUCCUGGAAUUCCUGUUCCAGGUGCGGGCGGUCCGAGGCUGCUUCUGGGAGAAUUUCACCGACCUGGGCCUGCAGUGGGCCAACUUCUUUGCCUUCCUCAACAGCUGCCUGAAUCCAAUAAUUUAUGUCUUUUGGGGACGGCUUUUCAGGACCAAGGUCUGGGAACUUUAUAAACAGUGCCUCCCUAGAAGUCUCACUUCAAUGUCCUUGUCCCAUAGGAAAGAAAUCCUCCAACUUUUCUGGCGGAAUUAAAACAGCAGGGAGCCGAGAAGUGUGGUUUCCUUAUCAAUUACUUGGGACGUAAGGAAUGUGACUGUGGUAGCUGAGUAAAGGCUCCACGAGAUAACCGGGACCCAGUCCCAGGAACUCCCAGGGCUUAUACGGUCAUGGGGACUUUGCAGAUGUGAUUAAGCUCAGGACCCUGAGGCAGGCAGGUUAUCCUGGAUCAUCUGGGUGAGCCCAGUGUCAUCACCAGGGUCCUUACGAAGGGGAUGCAGGAGGGCCAGAGAUGGAGAAGGUAAUGUGACACCAGAAGCAAGACGUCUAAGGGAUGCAGUGAAGGGGCCACACACCAAGGACUGCAGGCGCCCAGCAGAAGCAUCAACUGGCAAGGCUUCUCCCUGGAGCCUCCAGAAGGAACCAGCCCUGCUGACGUCUUGACUUUAGCCCAGUGACACUGAUUUCGGAUGUGGUCUCCAGAACCGUAAGAUAAUAAAUUUAUGUUGCAUUAAGUCAACAAGUUUGUGGUUAAUUUGUUACAGCGACAGGAAACAAGUUUUCAGUAAGUAUCUCUUAUCCCACAUCCACUUGCCCAUUCACAACGUUCCAGGUUAUUCCCGGCUAUGACACCCUCCGCUAGGAAUGCAGAGAUGCGCUGGCUAGAGGGCCUAUCUCCAAAGAGCUUACUUAGAUCGAAAAAAUUAUAGUACAAAUAAAAGAAAGAAAGAAAGAAAACAAGAAAUUGCACGAGCAUCACACAGACCCAGUUCCAGGAGCACACAGCGGAGAUGGGGGCUCCUUCCAGGCUGCAACAGAGAGGCUGUGAAGGGAGUAAACUGUGAGCUGAGUUUGACAAGGGGUAGAAUCUGGACACACGGAGAGAGGCAGGAAGAUCUGCUGGGGCAUAACCGAGACACACGGGUAGAAGCGGGGGCUGCGUGCGAAAGGAUACUUAUUGGCACUUAAUGCUUCAGUGCUCUUUUCGCUGCUGGGGUCCCCAGGGUUGACCUGAGAAUGUCUGCUUUCCAGGAGCUCGUGGCAAUGGGGACAAUAAUUAGGAGAGUGUCACAGCACUGGGUGACUCCAGCACGGGGUGAGAGGGUGAGAGCAGGCUCUCCGAGAGCACAGAGAGGGGGUGUCCAGCCCGGGGAGCUGGGAGGGGAUGGCUGGAGAUGGUUUCCGGGAGGAAGAGACAUAUACACUGAAUCCCAAAGGAUCAGCAGUUGGCCAAGCAAAAUGGGGAAAGGAGUGUUCCAGAUAAAAGAAACAUAUCAGACCCAGAGACAGGAGGGUUCAAAGGUCAGGAGGGAGGAUGGAGGAAAGCAGUACCAGGUGGUUAUGCAGGGACUUGAGGUCUGAGGAGCAGGAAGGUGAUGGAAGGCUCUGUGAUGGCCAAGGGCUGAGAUGGCAGCUGCCAGGGCCUGGCUGGAGCCGGAGGCGUGCAGUUCCUAUGUGAUUUACUCCAGCCAUGCUCAGCGGGCCCAAGAAAGGCAAACAGUAGGUUGCUCCAGAGAUGGGACUUGUCAGACGGACAGCCAGAGUUCAGGGGCACUGGGAAGACUGGUCAGAUCAUGAGGAAUGGCUAAACUGGGGAAGGAAAUAAACAUAGGAGGUGAAGAAAGUAGAGUGACCUUGGUGUGGUUAAAGAACGGGGUGGUGGGAGCACCUGGGGGACAGAGCAAGAAAACUAGGAGGUUGUGGCCACAGAGUGAGAAUGCUUGCCUGGAACCUUCCAGAGGUGGGUCCAUCCUGGCAGGUGACAAGGGCCAACAGCGGCCACGGCAUGGGGUGGUUGGAAUAAAGGGACCAGACGGUCAAAGAAUAGAGGUGGAGGAUGGGUUGUAUGCAGACAUGCAGGAUGCUGGAGGGACCUGGGAGGAGAGGCCAGGGGGCCAGGCACCAAGGCCAGUCUCCCUGGACUGGGGGGUGUGGGGGACGAGCAGCCUCUCCUGCUUCGUGGGAAGGACCAGUCCUCAUGGGAGAGCACUGAAGACCCAGAGUCAUUUAAGAAACACAAAGAAGGCCGGUGCUCCUGCGUCCUGGUGAUGGAGAGACUGGUGGGGGCUGGGCCGCCAGGUCCUUGUAGGCCAUCAGUGACAACACUUUGAUCAGUGUCCCGGCCCCCGUAGGGUUUCCUGGAGAGCAGAGAGAGGUUCAGGUGGCCUGGAUUUAGGUCGACAAGCAGAAUCCCCUCUGCACACGUGUCUAAUCUGGACCACGUGGUGUUUCACAAAUGUUUUUAAAUUGGCUACAGAGAUUUAAGUUCCGUACAAGGAUCCACAUUUUGGGCUUCCCUUGAACACUUGGAAGCUCCUGCAACACAGUCGGCUUUCAUUCAUUCAGCUCAUAUUUUCUGAGCAUCUACUUUGUGCCAAGCAUUCAAGCAGGUUCUGAGAACACAGCAGGGGACCAGACAGAGGAGCACCCCUGGUCCUCUGGGAGCUGGCCUCCCGGGGCUCCCCCAGGGCACCAGCCCCUUGGUGCUGAGUCGCAGCGCCCCUGUAGGCAGGACCUCCACCCGAGGGUGGAGGCUGGAGUCCCCGGCUUGCUCGCCUCCAAUGCCAAUACCAUUUCUGAGCCCCAGGCAGGAACCAGGUGAGCAAGGGUCCCGUAGUGGAGGAACAAGAACAGGCAGGAAGAGAGAGUCAGAAAGAAAGUAACAGCCGUCUCUCUGCUCUGAGUGCACUGACCUGGCACGCCCUCUUCCCUUCUUUCUCAGCCCCUGCGUUAAAGUUGCGGCUUAUAAAUAGCCUUCCUUUUCAGGGGUGGAAUAAAAUAAUCCCACGUUCUGGAAGAGUGUCUGGCCUGAGAAGUCAGAACAUUGUUCACAGGCCUGCAGCUCAACAGCAGACUGUCAGCAUGCUCUCUGGGAAGCAGACACCUGGUUUACGGAACGCCCACGACACUUACCAAGCACAGGACACGGGCCCACAGCGGGACAGACACUGGCAACCCCCACAACAAGGAUGCUGUUGCCCUUCUGCUGGGGAAGUUAAUUAUUCAUUCGCAGAUGGAGAAAUUCCUGACUAGUUUAAAAGGAUCAGUGCUGCGGGAGAAAUGUAUGUUUUUGAGUCCCCAUGUAUCUGGCUGAUGCGCUCACCUGGAGGAUUUCACACCUGGGUCUAGGCCCUGGCCUCACCUGGCCGGGCUAACACCUGGCACAGCAAGGCGUGUUAGCAAGCGGGCCUCCAGCAUCCCUGACUCCAGCACCCACCUGGGCUCCUGCUCCAAGAGAAUCAAGUAGAGACAUGGGAUUUC